UCCAUCUCUGGCCAUCCAUCUCUGGCCAUCCAUCUCUGGCCCCCAACUCGUAUUUUCUUGGCUCCUCCUCUCCUAUCCGCACCCAGCACAUGUCCCGACAACUCUUCGACUACCUCGUCAUCGGCGGCGGCAGCGGCGGUAUCGCUUCUGCUCGUCGUGCUGCCUCGUACGGCGCCAAGGUCGCUGUGAUCGAAGCGAGCCGGUGGGGUGGAACGUGCGUCAACCUCGGAUGUGUGCCCAAGAAAGUGAUGUGGAACGCAGCCUCGCUGUCGGAAUACAUUCACGAGGCCAAGGGCUAUGGCUUCGACGUCAAGGUCAACUCGUUCUCGUGGGCGGCGCUCAAGCAGAAGCGCGACGAGUACAUUGCCCGCCUCAAUCGCAUCUACGAAAACAACCUGGACAAAGACACCAUCACUCGCAUCGAGGGCCUGGCUCGCUUCGUCGACAAGAAGGUCAUUGAAGUCAACGGUGUCGAAUACGAGGGCAAGCACAUUCUGAUUGCCACGGGCAGCCAAGCCUGGAUCCCGAACCACCCCGGAGCUGUGGAGUAUGGCAUCACCAGUGACGGCUUCUUUGACCUUGACUACCUGCCCAAGAAGGUAGCCAUCGCCGGCGCCGGCUACAUCGCCAUCGAGAUUGCGGGCAUCUUCAACGCCCUGGGAUCCGAGGUCACCCUGUUCUGCCGCAAGGACCACUUCCUGCGCACGUUUGACGAAAUCAUCUACAACACCUUGAUGGACGAGUACCGCCGUGUUGGCAUCAAGCUGGUCAUGUCGUCCAAGAUCGAUCGCCUCGAGAACCACGGCACCGCCGACAAGAAGCUACUCGAGGUCAAGUAUACCACCGCCGACUCGCCCGAGCUCCAGACCCUGAGCGGUGUCGAGGAGUUUAUCUGGGCCGUCGGCCGCAGCGCCAAGGUGGAGCCCCUCAACCUGGGCGCCACCGAUGUCAAGCUGGACGAACAAGGCUUCAUCACUGUGGAUGAGUGGCAGGCAACCAGCAGCGAGGGCAUUUUUGCCCUUGGUGAUGUCUGCGGCAACAUCAUGCUGACGCCAGUGGCUAUCGCGGCCGGCCGUCGCCUUUCGGAUCGCCUCUUUGGCGGCAUGAAGGAUCGAAAGCUCGACUACACCAACGUCCCGGCCGUGGUCUUCUCGCAUCCGACUGCCGGCAGUGUGGGUCUGACCGAGGCCGAGGCCCGCAAGCAGUACGGCGACGACCAGAUCAAGAUCUAUCGCACAAAGUUCAUCAACAUGUACUUUACAGUCUUUGAGCAGAGCCAGAAGCAGUUCACGGCCUACAAGCUUGUCUGUGCCGGGCCCGAGGAACGGGUCGUUGGUCUGCACUUGGUUGGUCGUCAGUCGGACGAGAUUCUGCAGGGAUUCUCAGUCGCCAUCAAGAUGGGCGCGACCAAGGAGGACUUUGACAACACCGUCGCCAUCCACCCUACUGCCGCCGAGGAGUUGGUGACCAUGCGAUAGAUAUCCUCUGCUGUCCCCCCCCCGGAUGCCGUCUCAUUACUGCUCCUUCGGCACGGAUGGUGAUGGCGAGUCUCGCGGUGCAACGAUCGUCUGUGUUGGUCGCGGCGAUUGAGGUCAGACAACGAUGGCCAAAUGGCCACUCUGCUAUAUGCGAUCCAAUACAAUAGCUACCUGGAUC